AGACCAAAAAUUUAUAUUUCAAAAAAUCAAGUGAUAAUCAUUUCAUAUUUCCUUAAAACAUUGAAUCAUUAUAUUAAUUUUGAUGAUUUCCGAAUUUUGGUAAGAAUGGAUGACAUUCUAAAUGAUAAACAUAAUGUUUUUAAAUAUCGAAAUCUUAAAUCACAAAGAUCUAAAAAAAAUCGUCGCGGAAAAAAUAAAUGGAUUUUAAAAGAGAAAACCGCAGUGGAUUUUAUUUCUUAUAUAGAGGAAAAAAGGCAAACUCUUUUACAAAGUGAUUUCUUCCAAGAAGUGCAAGAAACUAUCAAUAAUAAACUUUUCUCUCCACAUCGGCCAAAAAUCGUGGAUAUUGUUUGUUACGGAAUUGGAAGCAUUGAAAAAUCAAUAAUAUCACAAUAUCAAUUUGCGCUCGUUUUAAUUUUGAGAGAUUUAUUUGAAAUAACAGGAAAAGCUUAUGCAUACGAUCCGGUCUCGACUCCCAUUGACUUAGAAAUUCUUUUACAUUAUGAGAUAAAUACGAUAAAUGCUAAUGAAAAAGCAAAAAGACCAAUCACGAAUCAAACUCUUUUUUACAUGCCACAUUGUCCACUUGGAUUAUAUAAUAACGUGAUUGCGUCAAACUGGGAAAGAAAUAAGUUGGAAAAGAUUAUUCUUGUAGGAAACAGAUUGGACUUUUACGAUGAGACGAUGUCAACGACUUUGCUAAAUAGGAAAGCUCCAUACAUAAGCUCUGCUUUGACUAUUAUCCAAAGUGUUCCUUUUCCAUCGAUUUAUUUGUCACCAAAAUAUGAUGACAAUCUUUCGAUAAACAUGCCAACUGGUACAUUUGAUAACUUAUGUUGGCAAUGGUUUCCAAUUGAUGGGGAAUUAGAAAAGCUAGAUGGAGAUAUCGAAUUUUGGGGCUCAAAAACGACAUUGGAAGAAACUGAAGAUCUUGAAAUAAUUUAAUAAUAAUUUUUUUUUCUUUAUU